UCAGCUCAGUGGUGGUGAAACAACACGUUACUCACACUUCACACUGACAAAGAAGACAAUCCGCAAUGGAGACAAUCUCAUGGACACUUUUUCUACUUUCUCUUACAUAUUUGGAGGGAUCUUCGCAAGAUUUCGGACAGACACAGUUCAUCUGCACAUCCGUGCCUAAGGAUAUGGACCUGUGCGCAGCCACCAUGCAGAACAGCGGGCCAGCGGAGGAUCUGAAGACCACAGUAAUGCAGUUAAGAGAGACAGUCCUACAGCAGAAGGAAACUAUCAUGAAUCAAAAGGAGACGAUCAGGGAACUAACUUCCAAGUUGAGCCGCUGUGAGAGUCAGAGUGUUCUGGAGCCCGUGACUGGAGCUCGUAGGAAAGAAUCGGGCAAAAACACGAUGGGAGACGUGUCCCGCGGCCCGACAGAUACUCUAACCCAACUCGGGCAGACUUUAGCCACCCUUAAACAAAGAUUGGAAAACUUGGAGCAGUACAGCAGGAACAACGGCUCUGUCCAGGCGAACAGCCUUAAAGAUCUGCUUCAAAAUAAGAUCGAGGAUAUGGAGAAGCAGGUGCUGUCCCGGGUCAAUACUGUGGAUGAGAGCAAACCCGGACAGAGGAACGACACAGAUCAGCGCAAUCGAGUGGAGUCAACUCUCACCUCCUUACAUCAGAGAAUUAACGACCUGGAGAAAGGUUCAAAAGGUAACAGGCCACUGGACAAGUUUCAGAUAACGUUCCCCUUAAGAACAAAUUACAUGUAUGCCAAAGUGAAAAAAAGUCUACCAGAAAUGUAUGCCUUCUCUUUCUGCUUGUGGAUAAAAUCCAACGCAUCACCCGGGGUAGGAACACCCUUCUCCUAUGCUGUUCCUGGACAAGCCAAUGAGCUUGUUCUCAUAGAAUGGGGGAACAAUCCAAUGGAGAUUCUCAUAAAUGAUAAGGUUGCAAAAUUACCUUUCAUUAUCAACGAUGGUAAAUGGCAUCACAUCUGCAUAACAUGGACGACUCGUGAUGGAGUAUGGGAAGCAUUUCAGGAUGGUGUUCUGCGUGGAACUGGAGAAAAUCUGGCACCCUACCACCCAAUCAAACCCAACGGUGUGCUGGUCUUAGGUCAGGAGCAGGACACACUUGGUGGAGGUUUCGAUGCAACCCAAGCCUUUGUAGGUGAACUGGCGAACUUCAAUAUAUGGGAUAGAAAAUUGACAGCUGGCGAAAUUUACAACCUGGCAACCUGCAACAAUAGAACACAAGCUGGCAAUGUGUUAUCAUGGUCGGAGAGUAAUAUCGAUGUGUUCGGUGGAGCCACUAAAUGGACUUUUGAGCCCUGCCGUCAACUCAACUGAACUGCAAAGGGGCCAGAUCCAUAUUUCUAGUUUUUGUCUUUCUUGUCCUCAGUUUGACGUUCGUGAAAAAAAAAAAAAAA